ACCCGACAACAGGUUCAAGACUUUAGUAUACCGUCUGUUUAAACAUGAUGACGUAUCAUUGGCAGUAAGAUAUUGUAUCAUGUAGAAUUGUAUUAAAUAUGAAUUCGUCUUUGUCAUUCAGUUUAUGUUAUCUUUUAUUCCUGAUCACAUUUAUCCGAUCCGAUAAAGACUUUGAUGAUUUAGAGACAAUCACUGUUGAAAAUAAUGUUUAUGUUUUGAACGAUAAAAACUAUGAUUCAUUUGUUCAACAACAUCCCGUAUCAUUAAUUGAGUUUUAUGCACCUUGGUGUGGCCACUGUAAAGCAUUAGCACCUGAAUUUUCCAAAGCUGCCAAAAUUCUACAGGAAGAUCAGAAUAGGAUUGUGUUGGCCAAAAUCGAUGCCUCGAGUUUUACGGAAUUCGCAAAACAACAUAGUGUGACUGGCUAUCCAACUUUGUUCAUCUAUCGUAAUGGAAGUAAAAAUGAAUACGAUGGUCCACGUACAUCACAAGGAAUAGUAGAUCAUAUGCGUGAAAUAGCUGAUCCUAAUUAUAAGCCAAUAGAAUCGGUGAUCACAUUGACAGCUGUCAAUUUCGAUGAUACGAUAAAAUCAGAAUCAUUGAUUCUGGUACAGUUUUAUGCACCAUGGUGUGGCCAUUGUAAACGUCUCAAACCGGAAUAUGAACGUGCAGCAAGAAGGCUCCAUGAGUUGGAGAAACCGAUCAAACUGGCCAAAGUAGAUGCUACUGUUGAACAAGAGCUAGCCAAACGGUUUGAAGUGAAAGGAUAUCCAACAUUGUUUAUUUUUCGAAAUGGAAAAAAAUUACCCUAUAAAGGACCUAGAGAUGAAAAUGGUAUCGUAGAUUUUAUGAAGGAGAUGGAAAAAAUUCCAAGCAAAUUAAUCGAAACAAAAGAAAUGCUGAGAAAACAAAUCAAAGAAGAUAUUCCAACUAUCGUCGGAUUUUUUGAUACUCGUCCAGACGAGAAGUUUUUUGAACUUUUUAUCGACAUUGCUUAUAAUCAAUUUGAUGAAGAUAAUCACUUUGUUCAUAUCAUUGACAGCGAUCUGGUGAAACAGCUCAAACAAAAAUCGAAUUCAAUAACCGUGUUUAUUCCAUUAUGGUUCCGUUCUAAAUAUGAAUCCAAUAACCAUAUCAUGCAACUAGAUCAAUCGACUUCAGUACAAGAAGUGGUGGAUUUUAUUCACAAUCACAGUAUACCGUUGGUUGGGUAUCGUUAUUCUCGAAGUUACAGUCUUUAUGCUAACCGUUAUCCAUUAGUUGUUGUCUACUAUGAUGUUGAUUUUAGUUUUGAUUUCAGAAAACAAACCCAAAUGAUACGUGAACAAGUUCUGAAAGCAGCCACACAAAUCAAGAAAACCGAAGAAAUUUCUUUUGUGAUUGCCAAAGAAAGCGAGAAUGAACAAGAAUUGAAAGAUCUAAAAUUGGAUGAUAGUGGUGCAGAUGUGAAUGUUGGAUAUUUUGAAUCCGCUAAACGACGUUACGCCAUGGAACCAACAGAUAAAUUCAAUGAUCAAGUCUUGGUUGAUUUUGUAUUAGCUGUGCGUACAGGAAAGAUUGAUCCAGUUCUACGAUCACAAUCGGUUCCGCAAGAAAAUCCUGCCAACAACUUGUGGACAGUGGUGGGUGAAACAUUCAAACAAUUGGUUAUAGAUUCUAAGGACCAUGAUUUAAUGUUGCAAUUUUAUGCACCUUGGUGUGGCCAUUGCAAAGCAUUGAUGCCCAUCUAUCAAGAAUUGGCAAAAAAAUUCCAACAUGAAAACGCUCGUUUGAGGAUUAUGAGAAUCGAUGCUACUAAUAAUGAUUUUCCCGAAUGGUUUAAUGUCAAUGGUUUUCCUACAAUCUAUUAUAUUCGUCGCGAUCAAGAUGCUCGUAAGCCGAUCUUGUACCAGGGCGACCGAAAACUUGAGGAUCUAAGUAAAUUUAUUCAGGACCAAUUGAAUGGGUCUAAUGGCCAACAAUCUACUAAAGAAGAACUAUAAACAUGGA